UCGUUCACAGCUGGGUCACCUGGCAGUCAUCAGUAAGGGCGUUGACCUGGUUUCACCUGGGGUGUGCCCUCCAAGGUCUCUUAAGGUCUGCUAAGCUUGCAUGAUGAUGAGUCUGAGACCCACCACGAAAACGUUGUUGUCGAAAAGAACCCAAAGCUGAAUUGUAAGUGGUUGUGAAAAAGUGUCUUAAUCAAAACAACAUGGGUUUAUCAUGCUGGCUCCGACACUGUACAAGCAUGGCCAACCUGGAGAGACCUAGGAAGCCGCUCUCAGGUGAAACCAGGUCAACAACUGUGAACGACUCUCAGGUGACCAACCAGCCCUUUUACAACUGGAUGACCAACAGAGGCUAUAAACUUCCACCUUUGGCCCCAGACACUUAAAGAAGCCUUUUGGAGGAGAAACGAAACGUCUUCAAGAGCCUCAAGCAAAUCCAGUCAACGAAGAAUUGACUUAACACUCUAAAGGACCGAUUCUCCAGUUUUGAGAGCCCCUGGAUACGAGAAACCACAUUUCCCACAAGGCAUCACGCUGCCAAUGAGGAAAUGAGUUAGGUAAUUAUCUCCGUGAGUUUAACCUGUUUUGCCCGCAAAGGCAGUUUUACUGAUAAUGUAGUUUUUGUUGGUCGUCUCUACGGGAAAUGAAGUUUCUGGUGGUUGAAGAAGUGAGAGGUUUCGACUCUCACAGCCAUGUACUCACUGACCAAGGACGGUAGCCUGUCAAACUUCAUUUCCAACACCAAGAGGUAAUGUUGCGUCGAGAGAGAGAGACCGUGAUGCAACAACCGCAUAAUAAAUCGAGAAAGUCACUUAUUUAAGUCAGAGGUUAUGUUUUGCUGUUCAGUCGGCUAAAUACAGUCUAUGUUCGGUAUACUGAAAAAUAUGUUGUAAGUUAAAAUGAUUGCUCAUUGACGGAGACGAGGCGGCGACGAGCCAAACAACACUGCUCUUAAACGCUCCUGUAUUGCUGUUGUUAACGAUACAUGUAGAUGAGUUGGCUACAAGUGGACCGCUGGACACUUAAAACUUGUGACAUUUCUCAAGAGUGUGUAUCCAACGUUUCCGUCAGAAUGCGAGACAUUCUUCCUUUCUUGAAACUGAAUAGUCUUGAGUUAAAUCGAGGAGCGCAACACCGUCCCUUUGGAAGCAACCAAUGCGCUGUAGUGUUGUUUCGUUCGCAAACGAUUCGUUCAAAAGAAUCAAAUCUUGUAAGUGAAUGACUGAACCGAAUCACCUCCUCAAAUGAUUCGUUCUUUUCUCACUUCAGUUGCGCUGAAGUGAGAAACAGCAUUGCCAGUCAAGCAGCUUUAGGAACGAGGGACUGCAUGCACCUACACCUGAAUCACUUGGUGAACGAACCAUGCAUUGAAUUACACUCUCUGGAAAUCGCUUUUGUCAGACAAAACUACCUUUUUAUUACUGCUAAAUUGCCACCAUAACAACUUGAAUACAAAAGGACAUAUUAUGUAACAAGUACUGCAUCACACUUGCAGCCUCCUAUCAUUGCAGCGGAUUGCGAGGGAACGGUGCAUGUUCGGUUUGAAUUCCUCUAAAUGUUCAGUGAACGAAUCACUCACUGAGCCCAAUUUACUGAGCAGACCUGUUAAAUAGCAUACCAUUGGACAGUACACUUAAACAACAUAACUGAGAAAGAAGUUCAUUUACAAACCUGUUUGCCAAAGCAACUUAGCCAAACACUCUCGUCUCUCUGUCCCAGAAGCUAUGAAUUAAACUGAAUUCUGAACUGCUCAGCUGUGCAUCAGUUCAGGAGGUCGGAGUCGCAGGCUUCUCCAGCCAAGCAUGAUUCGGUGAUUUGCUGAACGAAUCUUUUUAGUGAACUGAUUCUAGUGAUUCAGUACAUCCAAAAGAACUGCCGUGCCCACCACUACAUCCACUGUGUCCGUCAGAAUGCGAGAGAUUCUUCCUUUCUUGUUACUGAAUAGUCUUGAGUUAAAUCGUGGAGCGCAACACGGUCCCUUUGGCAGCAGCCAAUACGCUGUGCGUAAAAGUUCUCACUUCUUCAUGCGUAUUUCCUUUUUGAAUGCUUAUCAUGUCAGUGACAUCGGUCACGUUUGCCGUUUUUUGUCACUAACAUGUUUCCUUGCUCCUUGUCAAAGCCUAGAUUAAGUUUGGCACACACCUAGAGAGACGUUUUGCAGUUUUUUGUUGUUUUAAAGAUAAAGAGGAAAACGCAAUUUAUGGUGUAGUAAUGUGAAUGGCUCCUCCAGCGCGCUUGCCGCUGCAGGUGCGUUUAGGGACCGUCGUAAAAGUAUAAAAAGUAAAAAUAUACAACCCUGCUGACACCUUUCGAGGUCGCUCCACACUAUUGCGAGACAAGGCUGCGUAUUUUACCCAUUACUGUCAAUUUAACGCUGAAUUGCAGAUUUUAAAUAUACCCAUGCAAAAUAAUAAAUGGACAGUUUUCUACUUUUAAUAAUAAUAAUAAUUAGAUUUUUUAGAUGUAGGUACGUUUUGAAACACGAACAGAAACCUUUUUGUUGCCUCCUAACCCCAGAGGUGAGUGACCAGAGAACUACAGCUUCAGUUUCAGUUGAUACGUGCACAAGGCUCUGCAAUCCCUCUCACCCACUGCACCAGACUGUGGGGGCUUUAGGCAGCUCCUUCAGCAGCAGACUGAGACUCCCACCCUGCAGGACGGAGCGCUACCGCAGAUCAUUCCUCCCCUCUGCAUUAAGACUUUACAAUGAACAGUAACAAAACUGAUUUUACACCACCACUUUUUUAUGGCAUUUAAGUUGUGUAUAUUGUAGAAAGCUUUAUUUUUUCUUCUCCCUUUUCUAAUUUUUUUUCUUAAUUAUUACAUUUAUUUAAGUUCUUAAUAUUAGGACCCUUAUUGUUAUAACUGCAUUUUUGCACUUUUUGUCUUGUCUGUGAUGCUGCUGUGACAAAAAAAUUUCCCCCAUGGGGGAUCAAUAAAGGAAUAUUCUAUUCUAUUCUAUUCUAUUUUUAUUUAAACUUGUAACUGACUUUUUAUUUAACUUAACUAUAAUAAAAUGUCUAAUUAACCAUAUUAACCAGAGAACCAUAUUAAAACUACAUUAAGUAAGAUGGUACUUGAUCAACCUUCAUUAGAAUUGUGUUGCUCCAUGUGGUUGUCAUGUAAAAGGAUAGUGUGAUUUUUUUUGGAAGCCAUGGUUAUCCAGUGACUUGAGAUUCACAUGAUUUAAUGCACCAUUACAUGUUUCAUCCUAUUUAUACAGGCAGCAGGUGCAACAAGCCCUUCCUACCUCUGACUGCUUCCCCCUCAACCACCUCAAUACUGCCGAAAGCGGAUGUGAAAAUUCAUCUAAGCCCGAAAAACAAGAAGUGAGAGAGAAUAACAGUGUGAGUAUCAGCUAGAGAUAGACCACGGGGAAAAUAUGACAUGUAACAUGACCUUCUACAUGGUAUAGGGUUAGCUGCUGCAUUGUAGUGUUGUAGGUGUUUCCAGUGACGGGUGACAAGGUAAGACAACACUGGCGCACUCAUAUGAUAAUGGUUAAAUGUUUAGGUAUAGAGGAAAUGUGGCAUUUGAUGAUACAAAUAAGACAAGCAGCAGAAUUUGAUAGUUGGAACAUCUUAUCGGCAGUAACUUAAAAUCUUGUUUUAGUGAUAUUUUCAAGUUUUCAAAGGAAUUUAAAUGAUUUCUCUGCCACUUGUAAAUUUGUAUUUCCUUUUAUAUUUAUUGAAGUAAGUUGGUUUUUAGUUAAGUCAAGUUAUUAACAUACAAAUGUCUGUGAAAAGCUACAGUAGCAUUUCGAGACAAAAGGUGCAGACUCCAGUCAGACUUGGAUCAAGAAAUAACUGUUAAAUUAUCAUCAGCAUGAUGUGAAAGGUUGACCCGGCAAGUUAGCCCAGUCUAAAAAUGAAAGGAUACUGAUGAACUUCUGUUAGGAUUGAAACAGUUCCAUGACUCGGUGGAUUUCACCGUUUCACUCUCUUGCCACUCAAGCUGUCCUGAUUUAGCUUCUUUUCUGGGUCAAGCAUACAGAUUUCUUCAAGAUGAGGUCCACCGUCAGCUUCUACGUUUGCUUCCUGCUAAGCCUGUGCCUAGGCCUGGCGUGUGUAGUGUGUGUGUGUGUAUGGAAUAGUCACUGGCGCGGUGGAUUUGCCUGGGACGGCUCAAGCCUGCAGUUCAACUGGCAUCCUGUCCUGAUGGUAACAGGUCUGGUUGUGCUGUAUGGAAAUGGUGAGUGGUUUUUCAAAUAUAGAUCACACACUUUCAUUUCUUCAUCUCACUUCUGUUUCUUAUGAUAGAUUCUAGUUAGAUACUGACACAUCACAGGUUCUGUGGAGAACUAAAUUCAAAUAUGAAACAUGUUACAAACGUGUGGUAGUAUCUAUAGUUACUGUUUUUCUCCUUCAAAUGAAAUGUAUUGGAGUAAAAAUCCGGAGUUGUCUUGCGUUUAUCACCUAUUGAAAAGAAUGCAAUUUUCAGUCCUGAGCUUGAGUUAAGCUCCACAUCUCAAAUCUUAUGAUUUAGGUUAUACCUAGGUAUUUGAUUUAUUAAUUGUAGGUUACUGAACCUGCAAAUUCAGGUUCGACUCUGAAUGGCCUUUAGAGUCACAUAGGACAUCAGCCACAUUACCCAAAUAACAAAUUCCAGCAUGCUAUGAUCUGCUUUUCAUUUUUCUUUGUUUUCCCCCAUGAAGGAGCUGUGUUGUACCGUGUCCCACUGACCUGGGGUCAGAAUAAACUCCCCUGGAAACUUUUGCAUGCUACACUUAUGUUCCUUGCUCUGAUUCUUGCAAUCGUUGGGCUCUGUGCCGUGUUCGACUUCCACAACGCCAAAGGGAUUGCAAACCUCUACUCCCUACAUAGCUGGAUUGGGAUUGCUGCUACUGCUCUUUUUGCCUUUCAGGUAUGUUAACUUACUAAACUUUGACAAAAACAAGAUAACUAAGCGAUAAAGUGGAUAUGUUGGUUAUGUGUCUUUGUCCUUACUGUGUCUCUGGAUGUCCCUGCUUUCAGUGGGUGGUGGGUAUGGCUGGAUUUCUCCUGCCCUACUCCCCUGAGUCAUUUCGUAAACUCCUGAAACCCAUCCAUGUGUGGAUGGGAGCCGGUAUAAUGACGCUCAGCAUUGCUGCCUGUAUCUCAGGAAUCAACGAAAAACUCUUCUUUGUCCUGUAAGUGCUCCAUUAUGUGCUUCUCCUGGUAAUGUCUUUUAAAAGAUAAAAUUUUAAAACUUUUCUUAAACAGCACCAAAGAUCAGCCAUAUACCAAACUCGGGCCCGAGGCUGUUUUGGGGAACUUACUUGGAGUUUUGAUUGUGGCCUUUGGUUUGGUUGUCCUGAAGAUGUUGUCCGACCAUAGAUGGCAGAGACCAGAUUCUAGACCAGAGGAUAUUGAUUACACGGUGAGAACCUCAUUAAGUCUGUUCGAAAUUCAAGUUCAUUUAGAUUUAUUUUAACGAGAUUUUUUUUAUUGUUGUCCUUUUCUAUUUGCAGCCAGUCCUUCAGGAGGAAAACGAAUAGGAGAAAUUAACAAAACGCUCACUGAAUAAAACCUGUCCAUGCAGCAUCACAGAUGAAAAUCAGCUUUAAAAAAUUCCCCAGUGGUGUGGGGGUGUCUAUUUUGAAUGUUAAGCUUUUGCCAACACAAUACAAAACAACAAAUUUUCUCAUUAAUUCAACAGAAUUGUCCUUGUUAUUUUGUAUAUUCAUCUAUUUAUAUCCUGCUGCUUGUCCAGACCGUGUCAUGAUGGCACCAGUUUGGGAAAAUUGCACUAAAAUACUUCCGUCCUUCCCAACUAUAUUUCCAGCUCUACUUGGAAAAUAUCGGGGCAUUCCCAUGCCUGAUUGAUUAUUAAAUCCAUUAAGGACCAUUAAGCAAAUUCAGAAUCACAAAUACUUACAAAAACAAUGUUUGAAAUGUAAAUCUUUUCAUUGUAUUGUUACAGUUCAAUGUUAUUCAGCAGCAUCCUUGUAAAACUUACUGUUGCAACAAUGAGAUUUAAAUAAGACUCCAGAUAAAGGUGAAAUAUUUUCCAAUGAUUAUUUUUCACAAAGCAAUGUGUUUUUGAUUAGAACAUAUUUAAGAUUGUUUUGCUAGACAAUAAAAUAUACUAUAUGUUUUGAUAAA